AUGUCUUCUUCGAUGAAUGACUCAAUCAAGCAUGACAGCCGAGAAGGCUUUCACUGGACUAAGAAAGAUGGCUUGAAGCGGGGCCUUCCAAGCUCUAGUGUCAUCCAGCCCGGGACAAACCUUCAGGCACACAACAACGUCUACGAUACGACCAUCAUUGGUGCUGGAUAUACAGGUCUCACUGCUGCCCGAGACCUCACUACCUCUGGACUUAGUGUGCUCCUUCUGGAAGCACGCGACCGUAUUGGCGGACGAACCUGGACCUCCACUAUCAACGGACAUCAGUACGAACUUGGUGGACAAUAUGUCCAUUGGGGUCAGCCAAAUUUGUGGCGAGAGCUGUCUCGGUACUCCAUGCAGCAAGACAUCGACGCAUGCCUUGAUCCCACUGGUGGACCCAACAUCUCCACGGUUCUGACUAAAGAGGGGUUGAAAUCAAUGAGCAAGGAAGAAAACGCAGCAAUUAUGGAUUCGGCCUUCCAGAAAUUCAUCAACAUUGACGGUGACUUGGGUAAAUCGAUUAUGCCACUUCCAUAUGAUCCGACUCUUGUAUCAGAAGCCGUUCAUUUGGACGAGCUCACUCUGAAAGACCGUAUCAAUCAAAUCCAGCAGGAUCUGGAGCCGCUCGAGCGAACAAUUCUCGAAGGCUUGCUUCUAUCCCUGACCGGGGGCAAGCUUGAAACGACUGGAUUUUUCGGCGUGUUGGUCCUCUGGGCCUUGUGCGCUUACUCCUUGGACUGCCUUGUUAGGGCAGCUGCGGCCUUCAAGCUUCGACGUGGCCAAUCCGAUUUUGCACGACGGUUCUUCCAGGAAGCUCUGGAUUCACAAAAGCUGUCGUAUGCUUUCAAUUGCCCUGUCGCAUCGGUCAAAGAUCGCGUGGGUCAAAUUGAAGUGAUCACGAAAGAUGGCUUGCACUUUUGGACGAAGAGGGUGAUCUGCACAGUUCCACUCAAUGUUCUUUCCAGCAUUUAUUUUGAUCCACCUGUCCGGGAAUUGUCUGAUGAUGUUCUUGCUGGAAUCAACAGCAAUCAAAGCACCAAGCUGCAUGUAAUAACCUCUUCGGGCGCUUUGAGUUCCUGGGACGGCUUGACGUAUCCUCACAAUAGGCUUGUUCACGCAUCUGGGGAAGGCACUACAUCGUGGGGAGAUUCUCAUCUUGUGUGCUUCGGAGCGUCGUACAACCACAUCGAUCCCGAAGAUAAUAUCGAGGAAACUCUGGCUGCCGUCAAGAUAUUUCACCAAGACAUUGAUGUGAAGAGUAUGGUAUUUCAUGACUGGAGCAAGGACGAAUACUCCAAGGGAGGCUGGUGCUCGUAUACCGCGACCGCGGCGACGAAAUAUCUCGGCAAGCUACGAGCAUCUCGUGGGAAAGUGAUACUGGCAAGUUCUGACUGGGCUUUAGGAUGGCGAGGAUUUAUUGACGGAGCAAUUGAAGAAGGCACUCGAGCUGCGUUUACAGUGAAGACUGAGUUGGCAAAGGAGCCCAAGGCAUAG